AAGUGCGAGAGUCCACGAUAUGUUUUCUUCUUUUUGCCAUUCUCUACAUUGUUUCCUACUUCAUCAUUACAAGAUACAAGAGAAAAUCAGAGGCCAGAAGAGGGUGCUGGAUCCCCAAGAGCUGAAGCUACAAAUGGCUUUGAACCUCCAUUUAAUUGCUGAGAAUCAAACUUGGGUCUUCUGCAAGACCAGCGAGUGCCCUUAACUGCUGAGCCAUCUCUCCAGCCACUGUUUUCCUUCUCCAAAGCAAUGUAGAAUUUAGAGUAUCCAUAAUUGUACCAGUAUUUAUUUAUAUAGUAUCCUUGUAUUAUUUCAUUUUGUUUUGAGUUAAUCAGAGGGGUUUUCUUGUCUUUAUUAUUUUUUUAAGCAGCUGAUCAAUUCACACAUUUUUUAGUUAGAGUUUUAUAUGUACUUCUGUUAGUACUCAGCUUUUUAAAAAGAUCAUAAUAUUUCCUACCUGUGGUGCUGAGCUGCUGGCUACUGCUCUAUGAUACUUAAAGGUUCCAUGUAUUAAAGAUUCUUUGAUAUAAUAUUAUCAGCUUAAAAUUCAUCAAACUAGAGAGAAAUAAAGGAACAGCCCUUGUUGCAGUAUGUUGUUUUGGAGCUGUCAUCUCUAUGAUGGUUUAGAAGUAUCCUGAAUCAUGUAAUCUGCCAGAAAUGUGAAGAUCUGCAGAUUCAAGACAGUGCCUCAGUUAUUUUUAAAGAUGAACAAGAAGAUGAGGAUGCUGUAGUCAACAGGAUAUCAUUAAGAGGGUAUCCAUGCCAAAGGGAGCCUGCCAGGGGUGUGUUGGAGCUGAGUUGGGGAAGGAGGAUGUCUUGAGUGUCAAGCCCAUUCAAUCCAGAAUGGGGAGCUACCCAGACAGGAAGGUUGUUUCUGAGCACCUUCACUCUAGCAGUUUCAGCUGGAGCUGUUUUGCUUUUACCCUUCUCAAUCAUCAGCAAUGAAAUCCUGCUUGCUUUUCCUCAAAACUACUAUAUUCAGUGGCUAAAUGGCUCCUUGAUCCAUGGUUUGUGGAAUCUUGCUUCCUUAUUUUCCAACCUCUGUUUAUUUGUCUUGAUGCCCUUUGCCUUUUUCUUUCUGGAAUCAGAAGGUUUUGCGGGCCUGAAGAAGGGAAUCCGAGCUCGAGUUUUGGAAACCCUGGUCAUGUUGCUGCUUCUUGCAUUGCUGAUUCUUGGGAUGGUAUGGGUGGCUUCUGCCCUGAUUGACAGUGAUGCUGCCAGCAUGGAGUCUUUAUAUGAUCUCUGGGAGUUCUACUUGCCAUAUUUAUACUCCUGCAUUUCUCUGAUGGGAUGCUUGCUGCUUCUCUUGUGCACCCCAGUUGGCCUUUCCCGUAUGUUCACAGUGAUGGGUCAGUUGCUGGUGAAGCCAGCGAUUCUUGAAGACUUGGAUGAACAAAUUUAUAUGAUUACCCUAGAGGAAGAAGCACUCCAAAGAAGACUACACGGGCUGUCUCCAUCAGUGGGAUACAACAUAAUGGAACUGGAGCAAGAACUUGAGAAUGUAAAGACCCUUAAGACAAAAUUAGAGAGGCGAAAAAAGGCUUCAGCGUGGGAGAGAAAUUUGGUGUAUCCUGCUGUUAUGGUUCUUCUUCUUAUUGAAACAUCCAUUUCGGUCCUCUUGGUGGCGUGCAAUAUUCUUUGCCUGCUAGUUGAUGAGACUGCAAUGCCAAAGGGAACAAGGGGUCCUGGGAUAGGAAGCGCCUCUCUUUCCACUUUUGGCUUUGUGGGAGCUGCACUUGAAAUCAUUCUGAUUUUCUAUCUCAUGGUGUCUUCUGUUGUUGGUUUCUAUAGCCUCAGAUUUUUUGGAAACUUUACACCCAAGAAGGAUGACACAACUAUGACAAAGAUCAUUGGGAAUUGUGUGUCAAUCUUAGUCUUGAGUUCUGCUCUGCCUGUGAUGUCAAGAACACUGGGGAUUACUAGAUUUGAUCUACUUGGAGACUUUGGAAGAUUUAAUUGGCUGGGAAAUUUCUAUAUCGUAUUAUCCUACAAUUUACUCUUUGCCAUUGUGACAACAUUGUGUUUGGUCAGAAAAUUCACGUCAGCUGUACGAGAAGAACUCUUCAAGGCCCUGGGACUUCACAAACUUCACUUGUCACAUACCUCAAGGGAUUCAGAAACUGCGAAGCCUUCUGUGAAUGGGCAUCAGAAAGCACUGUGAGACCUGACUGCCUCAGUAGCAUUCUGCAGCCAAGCCUUGACAACUCCUGAUCCCCGACAUUCCCACAGAUACUGAUCAGCUAGCUCCUGGUGGGGUCUGAGUCCACCUGUCAGUGCUGCCUUCUCAUCAGCACUGAGAACUUGGUAUUGCUGAUAAGUCUCACAUUUGAGUUUUCUCAUUGACCUUAGAGCUUUUGGUUAAACCCUGAGUCUGAGACUGAGGAACAGUUGGACGUCUACAGCAGGGAGUCAUCUGGAUGAGAGGAGGAGAUGUGCCAUGAGGCAGACUUGGACUUUCUGAGGCUUUGCUUUAUGCCAUAAGAAGUUUGAGUCUGCAGGUAGAAGCCUGCUUCAAAGUUGCCUGGUACUCCAAAAUAUCUUCAGAAAGUCUUGGAAACUUCUGUACUAGUAGCAAACUAAAAUUUUUAUUUCCUUAAAAAACCAAAAGCAAGAGUUUCUGAUUCAUAUUACAGAAUCGUCAUUAGACUUCGAGCCAAUGGAAAAAUACUAGAUUCUUUUCAAACCUGAGCCUUGGUGGGCAGCCCCAGGACUAUCUUUGUGGUAAGCUGCAGUAGGAAGAAAAUAUAAUUGUAGAUUUGGACUUUUGUGUGUAUACACCUGAUAAUUCUUCUCACAGCACAGUGCCAGUGUUGUUCACACUUGUAACUUAGACUUUGCCUUAUAGGCCAUAUGUACAUUCACUUUUUAAAACCUUUUUUAAGAACUGCUUUACUUCCUGUGCUUGUUGUGCCUGUGAAACCCAUAGACGGAAAUUGCUUCUUCUUCUUCUUUUUCUUCUUCUUCUUCUUGUCUCUCAGGCCUUGGUGACCUUCAUAUACUCCACCUCAGGAAAGUCACCAGAACUUAAAGGUCAUGGAAGUUCAGGUGCAGUGUAAUACGAGCUCAUAAUUACUCAGUUGUAAGUAAUUGUUGAGAUGGUUUCUCAACUCCUGAGUCUACUGAUUAAAAACGCGAGUGCACGCUGUUGCUGUCCCUAGGUAGCACACAGUUCACAGAAAUAUAGUGAUGCUCUCAUGCACUGUGUGGGUGACAAAACAGGUUUGUGUUCAGAAAGAAGUAAAACCUUUUUUCCUCAAAUUGUUGAAAAUAGUUUCUUUUGGAGAAAUUUAUGAAAAACAGGCUGUAUAUGACAUAAUUUCUUUUUACUUAGAAAAAGAAGAAAAUUUAGCUGUACUUUUACAAGCCAUUGAGUGCACUUUUUUACUUACAUCAUAGCAUUUCCUGAUUCCUAAGGUUUAAGGAGAAGGACCAUUGGUGCUGUGGCUCUGAGUGACUCAGUGCAUGCCUUCAGUGAGUACUGGUAGAUUCCUGAGUGUGAGCUCCUGCACUAGCACAAUGCAAAUCAGCUGCUUUCCAAUUUCCCCGAUCAUUAUGCCUAUGUUAGUUAAUGCCAGGCUCUGCUUUUUAUUGAAACUUGAAAUUCAUCCUUUGGGCAGACCAAGUGAAGGAGAGAUCAGAGAGCAGUUUUCCACUGCACUCACUUUCAGUGCACAGCAUUUGCUGAUACAUCCAAACACAGAGCUCCUGGCUAAUCUGUAAGGUAAGGUGUCUGAAUAUUUCAUAAAUUAUUAAACUUUUCAAUAUGUCUCAA